GAUAAACAUUGGAAUAUUCUAAAAUGGCGCACGAAGAAGCAAGCGUGAAGGAAAAUGAUGUUUUCCCCAGAAUAAAGAUUUGGAAUACUGACAAAAAUAUUCAAGCUAUAAUCAAGUCAAAGACUUCGUUUGACGGAAGAUUCGUGUCCACUCUGACAGUUGAUAAUAAAUUGGUUGUUAUUCAUUUAAAAGAUAACUACGAGGAAGUUAUUUUGCAAGAAACAACCAGCUUUAUUUGGGAGCAUUGUGAUUGGAAAUUUGAGAACAGUUUAUCAUAUCCAACUGACACUCACUACCUUACUGCAUUGGACCAAGAAAACAGUGUUACCAUAUUUGCUGUCAAAAGAAAUAAAAGUUUCAAAUAUAGCACUUCUCUGCUAACAUUGGUUGGACCUUCAUUAUUUAUAUCUGGAAAUGAUAUAACAGAAGUAAAUGAAGUAUCUUUAAUUGCAUCAUUUUACAAUGUUGAUGGAUCAAGACACCAGAUCAUCUGUCUUGUCAAUAGAUUAUACCUUGUUGAACUAGUUAUUCCAACCCAAAAAGAACCUCGUAUUGGAACAUCUAUUUGCCUAUGUGAACGAAAACAAAAUAUUGGAAGAAGAGAUUCAAUAUGUUUGUAUACGUUCAAAGAGAAUUUAAUCUUUUUUCUGUCUGAAGAAAGAAUUCUUUCUAUUUAUUCAACUAUUAACUUCCAACUGUUGAGAAAGAUCGAUUUGUAUGAGAAACUUCUUCUUUAUGAUGUUCAACAUCUUGGAGUUUAUGGAGGAGACAAGCCAACCCUCUGUAUUGUUGAUGAUAUCAAUCAGCUGCACUUUAUCAAAAUUCUUAAUUUGUGGCAGGAGCACAAAGCACCAGAAAAGAAAUGGUCAAAUUUUUGGAAGGAUCACAUUAAAGAAACUAAACGAAAAUAUAAACAAGAAUAUGGAAAUGUUAAUGAUAAACACACUGAUCAUUUGAAAAUCACAAUAGUUCCUCCUCAAGAAUGGAUGGAAACAUACAAUGUUUGUGAAAUAAGCACAACUAAAUCAUCUAUAUCUUUAAUAUUCCAAUCUAAAAAUAAAACUGAAUCAACAAAGAAUUUUGUGAAGUAUAAUUAUGCCACUAAGAAGUACUUUGUACGGGAAAUCUCUGAAGAUGUGUGUUUAUGUAUUAACGAAAAUGAAGUGUAUCCGUCAUUGUUUAUCUCAAGAAGUAUAAUAUCACUUUAUUUGUAUGAUAUUACACAGGAGCAGCUUAUUGAUACAAUCAUCCAAUACAGUGAUAUAGCUCAAGCUGAAAUCAUUUGCAAAGCCAAUGAGUGGAAUCAAUUUUCAAUACCACUUCACACAUUAGAAAUUGGUCUUCAACACAGGCAACUGGAUACCAUUAUGUUUUUCUUAAAAAGCAGAGAAAGGGUCUUUACUCGUCAUUGGAAAAAUCUCACUGAAGUGCAGACAUCUGCUGGUUCUGGUAGUUUUUCAAAAUCCUUUAGCUCGCAGAAAUCUUAUUGUGAACAAGUUGAUUCUGAUGAAAUGAUAGAGGCUAUUGAGAUGCUUGUAAAAGCUGUGCAUUCUAAUUCAACAGGAAAACACAAACAAAGUUUUUAUGAAGGAUUGCUCCAACUAUCCCUAAAAUACUUGAACAAUCUACUUCAAGAUGGUGUGGCAGCGAUAAAUAUUAAAACCAGUACAGACCAAACCGAUGAACAUGUUGACUCUUACUCCCAAUCUAAAAGUGUUUCAAGCGUACAUAGCAAUACAAUAUUUUCAUUUCUUUUCGACAUACCAGAUGCUUUAAAGUAUAUAACACAAAAAAUAAUUGAACUAAGAGUUUAUUUAAGAAAGUCGACGACAACUGUUAUUCAAGCCAAAACUGACAAUACUGAUGUAACAGAUGGAAGUAGUCUCAAGAUGUCAGAAGAUAUGAUAGAACAGCAUUUGACAAGUGGGAAAAUUGGAGCACUACAAAAGCUCUUCUACUUGCAGACUGGUCCUACACUUGGUGACCUAACAAGUAUUGCAGACUAUGGUAUGGCUAUUGCGAUGAAAAAGUUAAAGGCAAAACAAAUUAAAGAUGCUGAGAAGAUAUUGUUAAAUUUGGGUUUAUUGCCAAAUAAAGAAUUGAAAAUUAUUUAUGUGAAAACAGUGGAUAGAAGUUUACGAACUUAUUUGUUUGAUGUGUUGCAACAAAAAGGUUUGAUUGACAAAGAAGAUCUUUUGGAUUACGCAUUUAUAAAGGAGGUUGAAAAAUUAUACUCAAGUGAUAAUUUUCAUCUGGCAUCCCAGAAACACAGGAAUGUUUGGAGAACCAGACUAAGAAUAUCUAUACCAUCACCAUUGGCAACUACCUUUAGUAAUGUUGAUUCUAAUGGAGAAGUUAGUAAAGAAAUAGAGAACUUAGAAAAAGAUUCCUGUUGUUGUUAUUGUGAAGUGUCAUUGCAAUAUGUGAAAUCGUGGAGCGCUGAAGUUCGAAAGAAAAUAUUGUUAGAUGGAAUAUUUCUUCAAGAUGCAAUAGCUACUUUGUCAGUGUGCGAUAACAGCCAUUUAUGGAAUUAUUUACAGUCCCACGACCAGAUCAUGACAAUGAAGCUUUGGAUUGAAACCCUGACAAGUUCAGAACUGACUUUGGGAAAUCAAAUAUUUCCAUACUUAAAUGAUGAAUUGGGUAUUGAUUUUGAAACUGUCACGUCGUAUUCUAAAGAAUGUCUUUUGAAUGAACUUGUAAAGCAUGGUUUCUAUCCAACCUGCUUGAUGAAUAACUUUCCAGAACUACUGCAUUAUUUCAGUCAAAAUAAUAUUUUAUUUAAUAAAACCCACCCAAUGUUGCAUUAUAAGCGUAAAAUAACAGAAGAUGAACGAGAGGAACUUAUACAUGACUUUAACAGAAAGUUUAUUGAUUAUUGUCAAAAGAACGAUUUAGCGUCAUUGGCUUUUUAUUUUAUAUCCCAUUACAGAUUAACUCCACAAAAUUUCAAGCUGACAGACACAACAAAGUCUUGGUUAUCAAUGAUGCUACAUUUUUAUGCAGCUUCUCAAUCAUCAGAUACAAAUGUUUCCUCAACACAAGAUGCAUUAUUGUACAAUGGUUGUUUUUUGCAUCAAGAUAUUUCUGAUAAAUCAUUUUCUUUAAAUAACAUUGUUCAACAUAAACAACCUAUAACAGCUUUAGCCAUAGCUCUUGUUUCGAAUGUACCACUUAACAUGGUUAUUGGAAAUGAUGAGAAAACAAGUCCAUUUACUAUUGAAAAGAAUCUAUUAGAACAACAGUUGAGGUUUUUUCCCAAAUUACAUACAGCUUUGUUUAAUUCUUCACCAGAAGAUGGAACUACUGAUGUUUCCAUGUACAGAUUGCUUCAUGACAAUACUGAAGUUGAUGUUUCUAGGUGGUUUGGUUGGCAAUCAUUAAACGAAGUUGCUGCCAAAGAAGAAAAUACAUUGACAGAGUUUCCCCACUUUUCAAAUCCUUUUCUUGUGAAACAUUAUGCUCAAGAAGUCAAAUUGUCAUAUGAUUAUUAUUUACAGCAAGGCCGGCCAAUGUUUGCUUAUCUAAUUUAUUUGAGAGAAAGCAAAAAAACUAGAAAUAUGUCCAUUAAUACAACUGCAGAAAAUGUAUACCAAUUGGCAAUACAGAACUUUUUGUCACAUUCGGUCACAUCUUCCUGUUCUCUGUUUAUUGAAUUAAUUGAUAUGGAUUGUGAGAAGAUAAAGGUUGACACCAAUGCUGCUGUAUUGAUCAGUAGAAAUAUAAAUAAGAGAGUAACAACUGACAAGAAGUAUUCUCCUGACGAGAUAAAAAAUUUACUAAUUCAAUCUUUUCUUCAUGAAAAAAAUUAUCAACUUCUACUAAAACUAUUAGAAGAUUCAAUUGAUGUUGUUAUUCAUGAAAAUAAAAUAAACAGAUUUUCCUAUCAAGCUGUAUGCCAUUGGCAACUUGCUGUGCAAUUUUGCAGAAUGCAUGACAUUCCCAUAUCAACAAGAUAUACUGCCAGCUGCUGUCAAGAGGGAAACUGGUUGCAGUUUAUUCUUUUUAUACACUUUUAUCAGAUGCCUUCGGAACAGGUCAUACAUGUGCUGGAGACGUUCAUGAAGAACCAAAUUUUGAAAGAACAUAUGAUUGCUAUCAUAAAAAAUUCAAAAGAGGUGAACAUCAUAAGCUAUGAUGAGAAAAAGAAAAGAAAGAAGUCUCGUGAAUCUAAAACAAAAGAAACAAAAAAUACUGAAAAGGCUGCUCCUCGAGAUGUCCGUGCUCAGUUUUAUUCACGGCUUGGAGCAGUAACAACUAAAGAAUCAGGAGAUUAUCAGCAGCCACUAACAUCGACACCAACAAAAAAGGAGAAACCAAGUGAGAACGCAGCUCGGGAAGAUAUAUCAUCUUCUAUCGGACCUUUUGUAUCAGAAUUGAAAGUUCCUGAUAUAAAGAAAAUACCAGAUAAUAUCAUUGAUAUUGUUCUGGAGUGUGAAGAAAGUGAUCAACCAUCAGCCAUGUUAUUGUUGCAUUCGCUUGUAUUAUACCAACCUUUACUUUCUGUGUUAGCUGCAUGCUACGAAGACUGCAACUACAUUGCUUGUCUUUGCAUUUGGUAUAUUUGUGGUGUAGAUGAUCAGCUGAAAUUAAUUACUGCACAAAAAAUACUAGGUGUUGAACUGCAGUUUCAAGACAUUUCAAUAGGUCUGCAAAAUCACAUUUGGGUACAAGAAGAUUUAUUAGUAAUUGUAAAAUGUCUUCUGAAUGAAGGUGUCAAAUAUUGCAAACUGGUAUCACAAGGCUUUAUCAUAUUUAAACAGAACGAUAUAUUAAAGUAUGUGUUGCAGUUUAUCGAAUCGUUUUUAUACAAUGAAGAUUCUUCCCAAAUAUUGAAACUGUUGGAGCGAUUUCAAACGGAAUACGAGACACACAGAAAUAAGAAAGUGAUUGGUAAACAAUUUUCAACUGAUGAAGAACUUCACUAUUGCGAAAUAUUUUCCUACAACUGUUUGAUGUUGUUACUGGAAACAUGCUCGUCACAAUAUCAUGUUUUAAAACUUGUUGGAGCAUUAGCUGAUUCCAAAUAUGGUCAUAUGUUUUCCAUAAAAGUACCUGAUUUUGACUUAGUAAAAAAGACAGCUGUGAUAACUUACAAGACGAAUCUUAAAUGCAGCUUACAAAAACUUUGUUUUGUUGACAAAGAAAGGUGGAAGAGAGAAAUUCAACACCUGUUUCAACUGUUACUCGAUGGUGGCCAUUUUACUGAAGCAUACGAUUUUGCGAAUCUGCAUGGCUUGUCAAACAAUGAAAUUAUACUACAAAAGGCUAAAUAUGAACUGGAAAAUAUCAAGAAAACAGACGGAUGGUGCAAUGUAGAAGUAAGGUUUACCUUUUGGAGAGAACUUAAUGCACAGUUUGUCAAAAACACAUGCAAUAAUAUUGUGGCUGGUUCCUUUUUUCAGGAACAAGCAUUAUUCGAACCUUCAGAAUACUCAUAUGAAGAACGAGCUUCGUUAUGUUUACUCGCAAUAAAAUGGUACAACAUUGAAAAGACAGAGGAGACAUUAGAAAUCAGAAGUCAGCUUGAAAAAAAAGUUUGGCUUUUUAAAAUUAAAGCUCAAGUCAAUAAUAAUACUGAAGACAAAAAAUUUAACAUGUCAUCAUUUCCUGUCAAUGUUGGAGACACUUCAAUGUUUUCUGAUGACAAGAGACCUUACAUUGAUAUUUCUGAAGAAUCUAAGUUGAAUGAAUUAUUACAAAAUGAUGAAGUGUCUAAAUCUUUCCAGAAGAAUCAAAUAUCUUUGUUGGGUAAUGAAAAGGAGGAGAUAGCAUAUAAACAAUUUCUUGGAAAGCUUCUUGAUGAGAAUCAAAUAACUGAAGCAAGAAGAGUGGCUGCAUAUUUUAACCGUGGAUCUAGGGACCUUGAAAUAGUCUUAACUUCCAUUUUAUUGGCUCAAGGAAAACAACACGUGGAAGGUCUUAGUGAGGAUUUGAAAGAGAUACUAGCUGAAACCACGAGUCAUCACAUUUCAAUUUCUGGGAUAUUAGAGCGAAGUGGUAGCUUCAGUCGUCCUGGAAGUUUGAGCAGUCAUCCUAUGAGUCACAAUACUAGUAAUUGUAUGCUGGAUUUUGUUUUCAUUGAGGAGGUACAGAACGCAUUGGAAAAGUUGACACUACGUGUAAACCAUGGCAAGCGAUGUUGUCAACAAGUGUUAGUCUCGUUUAAGAUUGCACAGAUCUUAUCACUUUCCUAUGAAGAAAUUGUGACUGAUGACCAUUUCUUUACGUUAAGAAGGCUGCUGGAUAGCUCUGUUGAUCAAAGAAAACAACUUGCUAAGCAGUUCAUCAAAACUUUUGAACUUUCUCCUGAUGAGGUUGGUAAUUUUAUUGGUGAGACGAUGAUCAAUUGGAUAAAACUCGCUUGCGGAGAAGAUUUGACAGCAUCCAGCACUUCAUCUCUUGUAGCGACACCAUCUUAUGAAGAUAUUAUAUCCUUGGCUCAGCUUACAGAAAACACAUCUCAUAUCGGAAACGAUAUCUUGCAAGAAGCUAUUAAACUAUCCAAGCUAACACAAACUGAUGGUCGAACGAGCUCCAAUCUGACUUACGAAGUUGAAUUACUUAUUUACUCUCACUACUGUUUCACAAUCGCGUGUGAUAUGGAGGGUAUAGCUGGCGUGCUACGCGCAGCACGUUACUGUACGAAGGCGCUUGCUAAAAUGAAACAACACAACUUGAUGGUGCGUUUAUUGACUGGCAUUGGACGGUUUCGAGAGAUGUUUUACGUGAUUGAAACUUUGUAUAAUCAACACCAUUUUGAGAUUUUAUGCAGGAGGGGUAUGGCGAAAGAAAAUCAAUUGAAGAUAGCAUUGUUGGACUUCAUGAAGCGCUACCAUCCUGAGGAUAUUGAAAACUUCAACAUGAUUUCACUCGGAUUUGGUGUGUAUCGAGAAUUUGCACAACAUCUGGAGACCACUGGAAAUGCAGAAAUAAAAACUUUAAAAGAUCAGUUAAAAGGUUCUGGUAAAGAUCUCAUUCCAGCUUUGAAAGCUAUCGGUAGAACAUUUUCAUAUGCAGCGGAUAAUUAUGUAAAGGAUGAAUGUUUACGUCAAGCACAACGAUGUCAUCGCAUUGCUAGACUCACCGAACUUCAAAUCCAACUUUUGCCACUUGAAUGUGUGGUGUUAGGAUUAACACCGUCUGAAGUACAAAUGUUUUUAAAUCAACACCAAAGUUUUAUUGAGGCGUUUAUUGUUGCUGAUUCGUACGAAAUGCGAGAUGUGUCUAUAUGGGUGGAGCCGUUGUAUCAAAUGGUGGUAGUGAAAGGACAGUUUGUUUAUUUGCAGCAGUUCCUGGCCUUUCUUCCCUUGUCAUCAUCUUUGAUUGGCGAUAUUGCUGUCAGAUUUCGAAAUGACAAAAGUUCUUCUUCAAGCAACAUGAAAAAGUUGUUAAAUCGAAUCACUGAUAUAAAGACAAAAUUAAAAAUUGCAAGAGAAUUAAAUUUUACUGAAAUAGAAAAUAAAUUAUUGCAGGGCAGCACAGGCGCUUACCUGAGAGAUCACAUGUUUUGAUUGUGUUGUAUUGAUUUAUUUAUUUAUUUUACAUUCGUUUUUCCUCUGAUUAUUUUCCAUAGGCAGCUGUUUUUUAUAAAUUAGAUAAAAUUUUCACUUUGUCGAUGUCUGAGAACACAGAUGGGUAGUUUUAAUUCUACGUCUGAAAACAGAAUAAUUAAGUUGAUAUAACGAGCCAAGUAGGUUGGGACAACAAGAAAAAUAAAGGAAAGGGGGGUUUAUAAAACUGCGAAGGACUGGAAAACGAAAGUGUGUUGAUCCAAUUUGGUUCGGAUUAAAGGAGAGUUAUUUUCGUCUAAAAAAAUAGGUUUUGAUAAAAUUUUGUAUUGUUGUAAUUAAUGAAGAAUAUAUUUGAAUUUAUUUUGUAAUAUAAACACAAAUAGUAUUUGCGAAAUUAUUUUUGCUUUGAGUGAAAUAACGCAUCAGCAAACCUAGGAAACCUACUGAUCUGUAUAUCAUUUAUAAGAGUUGUCUUUCAUUUUAAGUUUACUUCAAAGCUACACACAGUUAUAACAAAGCUGUAUUAUGUUUAAAAUACUUUCUUUUGGAUCGGCCACAGAAUAAUUUAAUAACU